AUACAUAACAUACAUUGACGUGAAUGUAUGUAUACUUCUACGCAUUUGUAUAAGAGCAAUUGAAUAAUUGCGUUUGUGCGUAGAUUCGACUUAUUUUCUUUAUUAAUUAAUAUAAAGAACAUGAAUUUACGUAUCAAAGUAAAAAUUAUGUAGAUGGCUAAAAAUAAGGAAGAAAACUGAAAAUAAUGCUAUUGAAAACACAAUACACACAAUUUAUCCUUAGGAAAAAAAUAAAAAAAUUUUAAAUUUAAUUAAAAUCUCGAUAAUUUAUCAUAUUACACUCUUAUUAUAAUACUGUUUCUUAUCUUUAUAAUCAAUUAUUAGCGAUUAAUAAUAGGGCUUAUAUAUAGAUGGUGGCCCAAUUAUAUGGGAAGGAAUCCCUUUCUUUCUAUAAUGGUAUAUAUAUGUAUAUAUGUAUACAUAUACAUAUAUAUAUUAUUAAAAUAUAAUAAUUUUAACGAAGGGGAUGUGUCGUUGACAUUAAUAAUAUUGUAAUUAACGACGCGCGAAUCAUUCAUAAAAAAUUGUACUUUGUCAUUAAGAUGCUAUCUGAUAAAAAAAAGGAAAAAAGGUAAAAAAAAAAUAAUAAUAAUAAUAAAAAGAAAUAAUGAUGAACGUGAGAAAGGAAACUUUCUUUUCUUUUUUAUUAAGAAUAUUUAUUAUACUAUAUUUUCCACAGUAUUUUUGUACUGUGAUAUAUGCGGAUGUGCAUGAUUAAGAACUGUUGCAGCGUUGCCUUCCUCACGUUAGAGUUUUAUUUGAAAAAUUUCACAGUAAAUAAUAUUUAGCGAAAGAAUACGACAUGAAUAGAAAAAAAUACAAGAUCUUUUUGGUAUUAAAUAAGAUUAAAUAAAUAAAAUUAAAUAAAAAAUAUUCUCAAUUGAAGCAUUGUUCGAUUCAUAUUUUUGUUAUACUGAAAUAUGUGUAAUAUUGUUAUAAUAUGAAAAUUUUUUAGUUUGUUUUAAUUAUUUAAUAGAAUCAUGUCGUGUUUAAGACUUUUGUCUUAUGCAUUAAUUUUGUUAAAUAUAUUCAAAUAUUUUAAGAUCGAUUAGUAUUUUUGACGGAAUUCUGACAAGUUUUAUUUAUAAUCCUAGCCAAAGGAAGAAGCGAGUGGUGUACGGAGGAGAGCACGAUAGAAAAAUUUGUAGGACCUAGCAAAGCGCAUAUAAGUAUAUGUAUGUAACUAGAAAGAAGAGUGGGUUAAAAAACAAUGUAGCGGCUUUUGUAGCCCUCUAAAAUCCAAAUGAUUUUUUUCUACAUCUUCUUGUUUCAAGUGAUGAAGGGUGGUGUACGGGAUAAAAGGGUAGAAUCAAAACAAAAAUGGAUGUAAUAAAGCUUCCCCCACAUAAGUCCUUUCUAGUUCGUCGGGCAAACAAAGCAGUGUAAGAAUGAACGAAGGAAAACUGUAUGUAUACAUAUUUGUGUAUGUGUGUGCCUGUACGAGAAGAACAAAAGAAAAUAUGUUUCAUCUUUUUUUUUUCUUUUUCAUUUUUUCUUUGCUUAUCAAAUAAUUUUUAUCUUAAGAAUUUCUCAAUUGAAACAUCGAUUAUUUUAUAAAUGGAUUACACAACCAGGUUGAAAUAAAUUAGAGAAAGAAACACAUAGAAAGUAAAUCUUCGAAUACAAAUAUUGAAUUGCAAUUACUAUUAUUGCAAAUUUACUCGAGUUACGAACUUAAUGGCACGGCCGCAUUAAGCGUGAUCCACUGCCUGAGCUAAAAAAAUUAAAAAAUAAUUCAUGAUAAGCAUUCAUCGGCUUUAUAUAUGUAAGCUUCAAAACAAUGUUCACUCUUCGUUGUGAAAAACGCAGAUUUUCAUGUGUAAAUCUUUGAAAGACAAAAUGGUGGUAAAUGUCCUAGUUAUAUUAUGCAAAGCUGAUUUCUUUGUGAUCAGUAUAGUAUUAGAUAUCGCACAAUCGUGCAUUCACAAGAUUACCUUAAUUCGGCCUUGCUCAUCGAUACAUGUAGUUAAAGAGCACUCAUUUUGUCGAGAAAACUAGAUUUCUGAUUUUUUAAUUUCAACAAAAUUGCUGUCAAAAGCAUCGCGUAACAAUGUAUUGAAUUUUUGCUAACAAUUUUUCCCUAAGCCUGUUCGAAAAUACAUAAUAAAAUUACAGUGACUAUUCGCGAAUUUUUACCUGAUUUUUAAAAAAUCGAAAAAGAAAUCGACCGAUACAAAAUGUAUGCGCGUAAUAAACGAAAGUGAAAAAGAGAAGAGAAAAAGAAUAAAAUCGAAUGAAAAAAAUUAUGAUGAUAAAACAGAAAUAUUCUGCGUGACACAUUAAAGUGAAAAGUGUUAAUGAAUAUUACUACUAAAGUAAUAAUAGGCAAUUAAAAUGAAAUCUUAUACAUAAUAAUUAUUGAAAUGUAAAUUGUGUUUGGUUGUAUUUUGUGUUAUUCGCCUCUGAUGCUAAAUAUAAUGGAAAUUCGAUUAAAUUCGUUUAUAUUUAUUAUAUAAUUGUUAUUAUAUAUUGUUUAUACUUAUUAUAUAAAUCGAAAAACUUUUAUAUUUUUUUAAAUAUUGUAAUAGAAUUAUUUGAAUUUGAACUUGGCGCUAGUUUUUAAAUUAGACUUGCGCACAAGUAUUAACUUGUGAUUUGUUCGUUACUAUAAACGUAACCGUAGAAUGAUUUUGAAAAUACGUAUUAGUAAUCUGUUUAUUAAUAUGUACAUAUGUAUCUGAUAAAAGUUCAUAGUUUCGCGCGUUAGCAAAUAUUUUCAACAUUUUAAAAAACUUUCUAAAAAUGGGAGAGUUACUUACUCUCGAGAGUGCUAAACAAAUUGCAGCUUACAAAGCAGUUGAUGAAUAUGUGAAGAAUAACAGUAUCAUUGGAAUUGGUAGUGGAUCUACAGUAAUAUAUGCUAUUCACAGGCUUGUUGAACGUGUAAAGGAGGAAAAUCUUAAUGUUAUUUGUGUUCCAACUUCAUUCCAAGCUCGGCAAUUAAUAUUAAAUAAUCAUCUUACAUUGGGUGAUUUGGAGACCUAUCCUAAAUUGGAUUGUGCAAUUGAUGGAGCAGAUGAAGUUGAUUCCGACAUGAAUCUUAUCAAAGGAGGAGGAGGUUGUUUACUUCAAGAAAAAAUUGUUGCAUCCUGUGCUAAUCAACUUAUUAUAGUAGCAGAUUAUACGAAAAAUUCUCAAAAACUUGGUGAACAAUAUAAAAAAGGUAUUCCUAUUGAAGUAGUUCCUAUGGCAUAUGUUGCUAUUUUAAGAAGAAUUGAAGAUAAUUAUGGAGGACUUGUGAAAGUUAGAAUGGCUUUAGCUAAAGCUGGUCCAGUUAUAACAGAUAAUGGUAAUUUUAUCCUUGAUUGGCAUUUUCCUCGUGAUAUAAGUAAUUGGGAUAAAAUCAAUAUAGAAAUCUCAAUGAUACCAGGAGUAGUUGAAACUGGACUUUUUAUAAAAAUGGCAAAAAAAGUGUACUUUGGAAUGCCUGAUGGUAGUGUUAAAGAACAAUUUUAAUGUUUUAUAUUAACAAUAUUUUAAAUAUGUUCAUAAUUCAUGAUAUUAAUUUAAAUUUAGUUUAAAUUAUGACAAAAGGAUUGAAAUAAUCUUAAUUUUUUUUUAGAUAAUAUAUUUUCAUUCUUGCCAUUUAUGACAUAUUACAUUCAUAUACAUUCAAAUCUUAAUCUUUUUGCAACUAGAUCUUAAAUAAGAUUGUGUUUUAUAGACUGAAUUAUUUUCUGUACUUUUUACAUAUUUAUUUUUUGAUUCAAUGUAUAAAGGAACACAUAAAAUACUUAAAAUCUUUUUUUUGUGAUAAUUUUUAUUCUAAGUGUGCUAUAAGUGGUGCUCAAAUAAUUAUACACUGUUUGUAUAAUAAUUAAUCAUUGUAAAACUAAAAAUUAAAAAAAUAUAGAAAUUUUUAUAUAA